UUGGUUUCGGGAAGCAGCGGGCUGGCUCAUCGUUGCGCACAAUUCGCGAGAAUCCGAGAGAGUAGGCGACGGUGGGGAAAUACGCUCAGUAAAUUAUGAAGCCCAACUGUCAGUGUAGCUUUCCGAGACAGGUUUUAAUGUAACACCUUCAAAGGCUCGCUCUUAAAUGUCCCCAACCAUGCCUAGAAUUGGGAUGUCCAAACGUUCAAGGCCAGGAUCAUUUCUGAAUCAGAUCGAGCCUCCCCAGGAUCAAGGCAUCCAUGUUUUCCUCUUCUGGACUAAAGAAGGAGAGAGAUACCUGUCCCACACAAGUGGAAAGGUCACAGCAGAGGAGCUGUGCAUCUCAGCUGCAGAGGCUGUUGGGAUCACACCUCUGUGCCAUGUGUUGUUUGCUCUGUACAACCCGCUAUCACGAUGCUGGUACAGCCCAAACCACAUUUUCACUCCAGAGGAGAACUCCAGCCUAGUACUUCACUACUGUAUGAGGUUUUACUUUCGGAAUUGGCAUGGACUAAAUGACAAGGACUCGACUAUAUCCCGCUAUCGCCUCAAAUCUGGGACAGAUCAGGGGGGUUCCCCUCUGCUUGAAAUCACAUCCUUGGAGUACUUAUUCUCUCAGGCCAAAUAUGAGUUUGUGAAUGAAGUAGUGGAGAUGGAAGAUGUCGAGUCAGAGGAUGAGCUAAAUCGCUUGAAAAAUGAGAGCUUGGGGAUGGCUGUGCUUCACCUCUCACACCUGGCAAUACAGACAGACUCUAACUUACAAGAUGUUGCAAAGAAAGUCGGCUUCCAACGCUGCAUUCCAAGGUCUUUCUCCAAACUCAUUUCCAAAGGCAAUGUCCUGACCAGAUUCAGGAUCGAGCGGGUGUUUGCAGACUUUGUGCGGACCUUCCAGCAGCACACCGUUGAUAAGGGGCGGCUGGGCACCCAGGAGAUCAUGUAUAAGUACAUCUCUACCCUCGAACACUUGGCACCGCGCUUUGGCACAGAGACCUUCUCUGUAUCCCACCUGGAGCACAGGGAAGACGGGGAUGGAGGCAGCUCUUACUCCAGCACCACUCACGCGCAGGGCGUCUCGAAAGACAACUUCACAGCUCCCACCACACAUGAAAUAAUGGUUUCUGGUACCAAGGGGAUUCAGUGGAGAAAGGUGUCCGGUCAGAAGGCGCAGGCAAACUCUUACCUCAGGAAUGACUACAUGAGCUACAUGAGGAAAACCAAACACCAGUCCAACCAGCCAAAUGGGAACACACCAGACGAAUGGACCGUCUUCUGUGAUUUCCCUGAAAUAACUCACAUAGCCAUCAGUGGGGCUAAUGUGUGCAUUAGCACUCUGGACAAUCACUGCAUGGAGGCUCAGAUGAACUCCAGCCAGGAGGCCCGCUCCUUCAUCUCCCUCCUGGAUGGAUACUACCGGCUGACUGCAGACGCCCACCACUAUCUUUGUCAUGAAGUGGCUCCCCCAAGGGUAGUGCUGAGUGAAGCAAAUGGACUGCAUGGGCCUAUGCAUGAUGAUUUUGUGCUGCUGAAGCUGAAAAAGGAGGCAGCAGAGGAGGGAGCUUUCCUUGUACGUUGGAGUGCUCUCGACUAUCACCGCAUCAUCCUAGCUGUGCUAAACAAAAAUGAGAAUGGAUUGACGCCAAGCCACAAGCAGUUUCGGAUUCAGCACAGGGGUUCAAUGUUCUGUCUGGAGGGCUGGGACAGAGAAUUCUCCAGCGUGAAGGAACUCACAGACAGCCUCAAGACCUUUAUACUCAAGUCUGGACCAGACAGCUUUACUGUCAAAAGAUGCUGUUUUCCAAGACAAGCAGAGCUGUCUAACCUUCUGGUGAUGAGGAAAGGUGUCGGUCAACGUAACAACACUGAAAGCUUGUCCCUGAAUUUGACCCAGCUACGCUUCCACCAGAUCAAGGACAGAGAGAUUGUGCAGGAACAGCAUCUGGGCCGUGGCACCAGAACUAACAUCUACGCGGGCCGUCUUCGAGUGCGGAGCCGAGGAGACGAUGACGACGAUGAGUGCAACAACAACUUCAGCGCCGGCAAAGGGAUCCGAGUGGUUCUCAAGAUUCUAGAGCAGAGUCAUAAAGAUAUUGCACUAGCCUUUUUUGAAACUGCAAGUCUCAUGAGCCAGGUAUCCCACAGUCACCUGGUGUUUGUGCAUGGUGUGUCUGUCAAAGGAUCUGAAAACAUCAUGGUAGAAGAAUUUGUGGAGUUUGGGCCUCUGGAUGUUUUCCUUCGCAAAGAAAAGGCAUCAGUGACUCCUCAGUGGAAAUUUAUUGUCGCAAAACAACUUGCCAGUGCACUCAGCUAUCUUGAAACGAAACAGCUGGUUCAUGGAAAUGUCUGUGCCAAGAACAUUCUGGUGGCAAGGCGAGGUUUGGAGCUUGGUACUACUCCUUUUAUCAAACUGAGUGACCCAGGAAUUGCCCUGAACGUUCUCUCACGGGAAGAGCGUCUUGAGCGUAUCCCGUGGAUCGCCCCUGAGUGUGUUGACAGCGGUACACUCAGUGACACCAAAGCUGACCAGUGGAGCUUUGGUGUCACGCUGCUCGAAAUCUGCAACAACGGCGAUGUUCCUUUGAGCAGCAGCGCGUUGGCCAAGAAAGAGCGCUUUUAUCAGCAGAAGGGCCGCUUAGCUGAACCAUCCUCUCAGGAACUGGCCAGCUUCAUCAGCAUGUGUUUGACCUACGAGCCUGUGGAGAGGCCUUCGUUCCGCACUGUGCUCAGAGAGCUCACAGAAGGCAUGAUUGAUCCUGCUAUAUCUCCCGGUGAAACUCUACCUGACUCAGACCCUAGCGUGUUCCAUAAACGCUAUCUUAAAGAGUUACGGGAGUUAGGAGAGGGUCACUUUGGAAAGGUGACUCUCUACCUGUAUGACCCAGCCAAUGAUGGGACUGGAGAGCGCGUGGCAGUGAAGGCUUUGAAACAAGAGAACGGUCACGUCCCUGAUGGCUGGAUAAAGGAGAUUGAGAUCCUGAAGUCUCUUUAUCACAGCAACAUCGUAAAGUACAAAGGCUGCUGUACUGAAAUGGGAGGACAAGUGGUGCAGCUAAUAAUGGAGUACCUUCCUCUGGGGAGUCUGCGAGACUACCUUCCCAAACGUAAACUGGGUGUUCCCCAGUGCCUUAUGUUUGCUCAGCAGAUCUGUAUGGGGAUGGAGUACUUACACUCAAAGCGAUACAUUCAUCGAGAUCUAGCUGCCCGUAAUGUCUUAGUGGAAAAUGACAACUUGGUGAAGAUUGGAGACUUUGGUCUGACAAAAUACAUCCCUGAAGGCGAAAUCUACUAUCGCGUCCGUGAAGAUGGGGACAGUCCAGUGUUCUGGUAUGCCAUUGAAUGCCUGAAGGAGAGCAAAUUUUCCUUUUCAUCUGACAUUUGGUCCUUCGGCGUCACACUGUAUGAGAUCCUUACCCGCUGUGACCACCGCCAAAGCCCUCCAGUGAAGUUCUCUGAGAUGAUGGGGGCAACCCAAGGACAAAUGACUGUUAUGGUGCUCAUAAAACUGCUGGAGAAAAACUUGCGGUUGCCUUGUCCCAAAGAUUGCCCACAUGAGGUGAAGUUGUUGAUGGAACAGUGUUGGGCUGCAGACCCCGCACAACGGCCAUCAUUCGGGCCCCUCAUUGAAAAGCUGGAGGCUAUUCGCCGAACAUAUGAUUGGCAGUCAAAUAUAAACUUUUCCCUAGCUCAGAUUUGCUGAUCAGUUCAUUGAAGAGCUACUCAUCUACAUGUCGGCAACCAUAUAUUACAGGGUGGUCAGUAAUCUGUUUCCCACUGUGCAAUGCCUGCUGCCUCCAUUUACAUAAAUGUCUUUAUAGGCUUUUUUUUGUUUGUUUUUUGAUAAAAGCACAUUGUUAUUCUCUCCUAUGAAAUAUUAACACAAUAAUAAACUUAAUCAGUGUGUUUAUUUCCUGGCUGAUGAGUUGAACUUCAUUGGGAAAGCUGAUGGGAAGUCACCCACCCAGUGUCAGCUUUUGUCAUUUUAAAGGUUAUAGGUUUGCAUAUAUCACAGUAAGUAUUAAGAAUUUCUGUAAGGUAGUGAGAUUACUGUCUUUCUUUUAUAUAUCAUAUACGUUUCAUUUCUGUACAUUUUUUCUGAAUGUAUGUUAUCUUUACAUUUCUUUGUGUAUAAACCAAAAGAACAAAAUCUAAUAAAACAUUUUUCACAUC